UUGCGAUAUUAGCAUCCAAUAUGGCGGCGCACAGGAUAGCAUGUUUAGGGUUAAAUGCCCUUUAUUCUUCUGUUUGGGCUCCUACACAGGCCUUGAGAAGCUGCUGGGGGGCAGUGGAGCAAGUUAGGACUUACUAUGUUGACUGGAGGAUGCUGAGAGACGUCAAGAGAAGACAGAUGGCCUUUGACUAUGCCGAUGAAAGGCUACGGAUCAAUGCACUGCGGAAGAAUACCAUCCUGCCAAGAGAACUUCAGGAAGUGGCAGAUAAGGAAAUUGCAGCACUACCUCGAGACAGCUGCCCCGUAAGAAUACGCAACAGGUGUGUGAUGACUUCAAGGCCUCGAGCAGUGAAGCAGAAGUGGCGACUGAGCAGGAUUGUCUUCCGUCAUUUAGCUGACCACAACCAGAUGUCCGGGAUUCAGAGGGCGAGAUGGUGACAUGGGAGCCAUAAAACUACAGUUGGACUUGAUCAUAAAAAUCAGAUGGCAGCAUCCAUUUGUGCAGAAGCAUUGUUUCUCUUGACCUCUAAAGUUUUUGGUUUAUUUGUUAAUAGCUCUGCUUUGUGUAAAAACAUCCAGACACUUAUUUAAAGACAGAAUGAUGUGACUGAGGCAAACAUCUGUGUAAAUUGUUUUACUCAGAAAUAUAAGAAUAAAUGUUUAAAAAGGAAAA